CGAUACGAUAUUGACGGUAAAUAGCAAAGUAUCCAAGCGAGCAGACAAACAUUCAGUGAAAACAACUCAACGCGAAAAUGUUGAAAACGAAACAACAAAUAAUAGCUCUGAAUAGAUUCAGAUGUUGGACAUCUAACCUUCCGGGUUUGCAACAACAAUGCCGCAACCAAUCCACAGUGACAGCUGCAUCAUCCAAAUGGGAACAGGCCAAGCCAUUGAGUGAAAUGCCCACCAUAAGUCCCUUUCAACUUUUGCGUCAUUUUUUUCCGGGUGGCAAAUAUACCAAUCUUGAUACCACCCAACUGAUGUUGGCUUUUAGACGAGAUUUUGGCCCGAUAGUCUACUUAAAGGGUAGUCUUGGCAAACCCGAUGUUGUCAUGACCAAUAAUCCCCAUGACUUCGAAAAGGCUUUACAUAAUCAAGGCAUUUGGCCCAUGCGUCCUGGCAUGGAAUAUUUAAGUUAUCAUCGUCAAGUCCAUCGCAAAGACAUAUUCCAGGGUGUGGAGGGUCUUUUGGGAUCACAAGGAGAAGCAUGGGGUUCAUUUCGAUCGGCCGUAAAUCCAGUUUUAAUGCAACCCAAGAAUGUCCAUUUAUAUUUCAAUAAAAUGUCGGAAGUCAAUAAGGAAUUUAUGGAGCGAAUUCGUAAAAUUCGUGAUCCUCAAACCCUGGAAGUUCCCGAUAAUUUCGAGGAAGAAAUUAAUCGUUGGACAUUGGAAUCGGUAUCUGUGGUGGCGCUGGACAAACAAUUGGGUUUGAUUACCAAAAAUCGUGAUGAUCCAACACCGAAACGUCUCUUCAAAGCUCUGACGGAUUUCUUUGAAGCAUCUGGUGAUUUGGAAUUCCAGCCAUCCAUAUGGAAGUACAUUAAGACACCAACAUUUAAAAAGGCCAUCAGAAGUUUGGAUGAAAUCACCGAUAUUACCAAAAUGUAUGUGGAUGAGGCCUUCGAACGCAUCGAGACUGAGAACAAAAAUCGCAAUGAGGAAAAGCCGGAAAAUGAAAAGAGUGUUUUGGAGAAGCUCGUCAAGAUUGACAAACAAAUUGCCAUGGUUAUGGCCAUGGAUAUGCUGAUGGCUGGGGUGGAUACGACUUCUUCCACCUUUACGGGUCUUUUACUAUGCUUGGCCAAAAAUCCCGAAAAGCAACAAAAAUUGCGCGAGGAAAUCAUGCAAUUGUUACCCCAAAAGGAUUCAGAAUUCAAUGAAGCUGUUUUCAAAAACAUGCCCUAUUUGAGGGCCUGCAUCAAGGAAUCGCUACGUGUCUAUCCCUUGACGGUGGGUAAUGCUCGCACCCAGGCCAAUGAUGUUGUGAUCAGUGGCUAUCGUGUUCCCAAAGGUACUCUGAUAUCCAUGAACUCGGUGACUCUAAUCAAAGAUGAUGCUCAUUAUCCUCGUGCCCGUGAAUUUUUACCCGAACGCUGGUUGAGAGCUUCCAAGGAAAAUGAAAAAUCCGCUGAAUGUCCACAUGCCUUGAAGGCCAGCAGUCCUUUCGUUUAUUUACCUUUUGGUUUUGGAUCCCGUAGUUGUAUUGGCCGCCGUAUUGCCGAAAUGGAAUUGGAAUUGGGCAUAGCGCGUCUGAUUCGCAAUUUCCAUGUGGAAUUCAAUUAUCCCACUGAUAAGGCUUUCAAGAGUCUGUUGAUAAGUGUCCCCAAUAUCCCAUUGAAAUUUAAAUUUACUGAUGUAAACAAUUAAAAAAAAAUGAAUGUGAGAAAUAUUUGUAGAAAAAAAAAUUGUAAAAAAUUAUUUAUUGUACAGUAUUUAUGGUUUAUCUAGAAAUAUUAAAAAAGAAACUGUGUGAAAGAAUAAAACAUAAAUAAAAUAUUAAGAA